AUGCAGAUUUUCGAACUCAACACCGUCACGUACGGACUUUCGCCAUCAUCAUUCUUAGCUACGCGCACCUUGCUUCAGCUCGCAGAUGAUGAAGGUGCACACUAUUUGAAUGCACAAGCUGCCCUGAAACGAAACUUUUAUGUAGAUGAUUUAAUUGGUGGUGCCAACACGGUAGAAGAUACUUUCCGUCUUCGUCAGGAGCUAUCGGAUCUACUUGCGAAAGGUGGAUUCGAGUUACGCAAGUGGACAUCGAAUCAUCUAGGCGUUCUCAGCGGUUUAAGUGCUGAUCAAAUCGGCACCCUGUCAUCGUUGCAGUUCAUUCCCAAUGAAACGGUGAAAACACUCGGCAUCUCCUGGAAACCAGAAUCUGAUGAGUUGUGCUUUGACUCGAACGUUUGUGUUGAAUCAACAUCCUCAACGAAGCGAUCCAUACUGUCAUGCAUCGCGAAGAUGUAUGACCCGCUUGGACUUAUUGCACCUGUAUUGGUCCGUGCAAAGCUACUGAUGCAAGAAUUAUGGCUGCUGAAAUCCGGCUGGGAUGAUCCCGUUCCCGAGCAGAUCUACAACAAAUGGACAACGAUUAGUGAUGAAUGGCAAUCUUUAUCUACGUAUAAAACUAAUCGUCAUGUUCUUUUACCUAAUUCACAAGUAGAACUCCACACGUUCACCGACGCCUCCGAAGCAGCUUACGGAGCCUGUAUCUACGCGCGUUGCAAGAACGCGGAAGGAGAAAUACGGAUCAGCUUACUGGCGUCGAAGUCCCGAGUAGCACCUCUUAAACGCGUCACACUGCCGAGACUCGAACUCAACGCAGCUGUUUUGGGCGCCCAUCUCCAGCACCGGGUCCAGAAGGCGAUGCAGAUCGAUAGCGUCGAGUCCUUCAUCUGGUCUGAUUCAACUGUAACGCUGAAAUGGAUAGCAUCUCCACCCAAUACAUGGAAGACAUUCGUGGCGAACCGUGUCGCUGAAGUGCAGCGCUAUUCUCAUCCGCGACAUUGGCGACACGUUCCUGGUUCCAGCAACCCUGCCGAUUUGGUCUCUCGCGGCAUGUCGGCAGCGAACUUCCUUAAGAGUCGACAGUGGCACUCCGGCCCGGAUUGGCUAGCUCUUCCUGCAUCGUCAUGGCCCAGCUCGAAUCCUGAUUCCAUCGACGGAGUGGAUCUAGAAAUCCGUCAGAAGGCGCGCACACAACCAUCUUCGAACCACACCGUAGCACCACUAAGCAUCAAGAAGGAAUACUUAGAAGACGCCAAAACUGUGCUUUGCAGACUAGCACAACAAGAUGCCUUCUCUCCCGAAAUCAAGCACAUGAAAAAGGGAGAAGCUUUACUGAAGCAGUCAUCUUUACGUAAACUAAGCCCCUUCAUCGACGAGAAGGGCAUAAUACGAGUGGGAGGACGAUUAAAACUUUCGCAGUUGCCGUACCAAUCGAAACAUCCCGUGGUGCUUCCUAAACAGCAUAAGUUUACACGUCUCGUAGCUUUGCAUCUCGUAGCUGAACAUUACCACGAACAGCUUAUGCAUGCUGGCGGAAGACUUCUACUAUCCCAGAUGAGAGAGCAGUAUUGGCCACUAGACGGACGUCGAUUAGUGAAAGGCAUCGUGCGGAAUUGCUUUCGAUGUAUUCGCCAGGAUCCCGCACUGGCACAGCAACCUAUUGGUCAACUUCCCUCAUCACGCAUUACACCCAGCCGGCCUUUCUCCAUCACGGGAGUGGACUACGCCGGACCGUUCUAUUUAAAGCCUGCGCAUCGCAGAGCCGCAGCGACUAAGAGCUACCUGUGCGUAUUUGUUUGUUUCACCACGAAGGCUGUUCAUCUUGAACUCGUGGGAGACCUCACAACAGCAGGAUUCUUAGCCGCACUACGACGUUUCGCUUCACGACGCGGUCUACCAUCGCACAUCCAUUCCGAUAAUGGUAAAAAUUUUGAAGGAGCCGAACGCGAGCUCAAGGAGCUUUUUGAGAUGUUCAACGACGAGCAGCAGCGGAACGUCAUUACUACUUAUUGUGCGGACAAGGGCAUCGCAUGGCACUUCACCCCCCCGAAAGCUCCAAACUUCGGUGGCUUAUGGGAAGCAGCAGUCAAAACCGCGAAGCGACAUCUCUACCGGCACCUAGGCGGCACGAGGCUGUCCUACGAAGGUUACUGCACCGUGCUUCAACAAAUAGAGGCAGCAAUGAAUUCCAGGCCAUUAUUACCACUCUCCGAUGAUCCCGACGAACUAGCGGCACUAACACCGGCACACUUUUUAAUCGGCACAUCGAUGCAUGCUGUUCCCGAGCCGGACUAUACUCACCUGAAAUCGUGCACCCUGGAUGAUCUUCAGAAGUGGCAGCUGCUAGUGCAACGAUUUUGGAAGCAUUGGGCCACCGAGUAUCUACAAGAAAUGCAAAAGAGUUAUACACGGCCGGGUAGCAACAACAACAACAUACUUACAGGCAGCACGGAUCAUACAUGUCCACCCCGGGGAAGAUCAGAUCGUGCGAGUGGUAACACUGAAGACCGCGAAGGGGAUGAUAACGCGACCGAUCACGAAAGUUUGCAUCUUACCGAUGCCCACCGACAAAGAGGACAACACGUGCUGAUCGGAUAA